AUGUCAGAGAAAGAACAAAGUACACCUCCCCAGGGAAUUUUUGCUGCGGGAACAUGGCAAGAAGCUACCCAAACUCCACCGGCCAUGGGAAUACCAGUCAUCCCAGAAACACCACAGGAAGAAAGUCCUCCUUUUCUGGCGCCAGAAGAUAGAGAAGUCGCUUUUCCUGGUGCAUUUCGUGUAAAUGGGCCUGCCAACCAGGACAACAACGUCCAACAGGAGAUUCCCCAAGCACCCAUUGAUGCUCUUGUUACACAUAGCAUCGAAGACUGUGACGAGGAAGUUACCAACAUGCUAAAUCUCAGAAGCCCAGCACAACCAAACCAGAGGUCAAGAAAAUACUGGAGGCAAAGGCUUCUUCAUCUUCUUUCAUUGGAAAUCAAUGUGGUUCUCUUGGCAGUGAUAAUGGCUCUCCUGAUAUUUGUGGCAGUUUCGGAGGGAGGAAACACCAGCAACAGCAGCAACAGCAACAACAGCCAAUCGAUAAACCAACAAAAUGGGGCACUUCAAGUUCCAGCAACGGCAGGCGUGGCAAAAUUGCCAACAAGGGCACCAGCAAGCUUUUUGGAUUCGCUAAACCUAUCAGAAUCUACACUAUCAGCCAUGGAACGUGAACAGUCACCUCAGUCCAAAGCCUACAAAUGGCUGACUAGCAACCUCAACAACCAAAGCUCUACCCAGCAAGAUCUUCCAAAUUGGAGACUGGUGCAAAGGUUUGGUCUGGCCACAUUCUACUAUUCCACAGGGGGGGACUAUUGGGUGAGACAUCGUGGCUGGUUGGACUGGGACACCAAUGAAUGCCGCUGGGAACAACUAUUUAUUGACUCUUCAGAUGCAAGCUGCAAUAAUAAGGGAGAAAUCAAAGCAUUGGAAUUUUCUAGAGCCAACAACAUGGAUGGAACCAUUCCACCAGAGGUAUCAUUGCUGAGCAGAAGCUUGCAGUCAUUCCACGUGAAUCGGCAAUUGGAACUCAAAGGAACGAUCCCAACUGAAGUUGGGCUGCUUUCGAGAUUGACCAUGUUGAUAUUGAGUGGCACAGCUUUAUCAGGUACACUGCCAACAGAGAUAGGUCAACUGCAGGAUCUUCAGACUGUUCGAGUUUAUUGGACAGGACUUCAUGGGUGUAUUCCAUCUGAGCUUGGCACAUUGGGGAACCUUUCCAGAAUUGGUGUCGCAGAAGCAGAUCUUACAGGUUCAGUGCCGGAUGAAGUAUUCCAGUUGCCAAGCCUGAGAUCUCUAGAAUUAUUGGAGUGCUCUGGAUUGAAUACUGAAUUCACCCUUCAAGAAGCCACUAUUCAAUCAAAAUACCUGAAACAGUUGUUCCUGUCGGGUCGAACCGUUGGGGCAGAGAUGGCAAUUCCAUCUGAAAUUGGUACUUUGACUGAGCUAAAACACCUGACAUUAAAUGACUGGAGAAAUUCUGGCACGAUUCUAAGUGAGUUUGGGAGGUUGACAAAACUGGCCUCUCUGGACUUACGUGAAAACUCAAUCGUUGGAACAUUGCCACAUGAGCUCUUUGAGCUGACUUAUUUGAGCAAUUUACAGCUUGGCUCCAACCAGUUGGAGGGACUACCACCACCUGGUAUUUUUUCAGCCCUCACCAGAUUAAAUAUCUUGCAACUCAAUGACAACCACUUCUCAGGCAAAAUUCCAACUGAGGUUGGUCUACUGUCUAGUCUUGUGAGACUAGAACUGCAGAAUACCGACCUCUUUGGGACACUUCCUACAGAAUUGCUUCAGCUGGAAAACUUGACUAGAUUGGUAGUCACAAACACAUCCUUGUCAGGCAGCAUCCCUGAAGAACUGUGUGACAAAAUGUACCGAAAGGAUUUCAAAUGCUUUGGAAAUCAUGAUCCACCAUGUAGAUGGAUCCCAGUGAAGACCAACACAACCGUCUGCCAUGGAACUUCCCUGUGUGGAUGUGAUUGUCGUCCUUGUCCUAAACCGGUAGACUGA